AUGUCGCUAAGCAACCACCCCAAAGCCUAUGGCUCGGCCGCCAUUGUCGUCGCCUUUUCGGCAGGCAUCCUCGUGACACUCGGCUUCAAGGAUUUUUAUCCCGACCUCGAGCGUCGCUAUCAGCGCCACCGCCGCGCCGUCCGCCGUCGCAACACCAGCUCGUCGACCUCCAAGGAUGAGGCCUCGCGCCGCGGCUCCGUCUUUUGGGGCCCGCCCGUCCAGCUCGAGGACCACGAAGGGUCUGAUGUCGCCGUGUCCGACGACUUGGCCGCCACCUCGCAAGCGCCGCCCAUCGCUGACGGCAUCGAGGGCGCCAUCGGCAACACGCCGCUCAUCAACAUCAAGUCGCUGAGCGAGGCCACGGGUCGCGUCAUCCUCGCCAAGGCCGAGUUCCUCAACGGCGCCGGCCAGUCACCCAAGGACCGCGUCGCCCUGUCCAUGAUCCGCACCGCCGAGGAAGCCGGCCUGCUGGUGCCCGGCCGCGGCGACACCAUCUACGAGGGCACCGUCGGCAGCACGGGCAUCGCCCUGGCAACCCUUGCUCGCGCCCGCGGCUACCGCUGCCACAUCUGCAUGCCCGACGACAUGGCCGUCGAGAAGAGCGACCUGCUGCACCGCCUCGGCGCCACCGUCGAGCGCGUCGCCGUCGCCCCCAUCACGAGCCCCGCCCACUUUGUCAACCGCGCGCGCCGCCUCGCCGCCGCGCACGCCGACACGGCCGCCGACGGCAGCACCGGCUUCUUCGCCGACCAGUUCGAGAACCCGGCCAACUGGCGCGCCCACUUUGAGGCCACAGGCCCCGAGAUCUGGGCCCAGACCGACGGCCGCCUCGACGCCUUUGUCGCCGGCGCCGGCACCGGCGGCACCAUUACGGGCGUCGCGCGCUACCUCAAGGACGAGGCCCGCGCCGACGCCCUGCGCGUCGUCCUCGCCGACCCCCAGGGCAGCGGCCUCUACAACAAGAUCCGCCACGGCGUCAUGUACUCGAGCACCGAGCGCGAGGGCACGCGUCGCCGCUCCCAGGUCGACACCAUGGUCGAGGGCAUCGGCAUCACGCGCAUCACGGCCAACUUUGAGGCCGGCCGCGACCUCGUCGACGACGCCAUCCGCGUCACCGACGACCAGGCCUGCCGCAUGGCCCGCUGGCUCGUCGAGAAGGACGGCAUCUUCGUCGGCAGCAGCAGCGCCGUCAACUGCGCCGCCGCCGUCGUCGAGGCCAUGAAGCUGCCCGAGGGCAGCCGCGUCGUCACCAUUCUGUGCGACUCGGGCACGCGGCACCUCAGCAAGUUUUGGAAGCACAUUGCCGAGAUGGGGCUGGAGGACCAAGAUGACAAGACGGAUCUCUUUUCGACGCUGGGGCUCACUGUGCAGUCGAUAGCAUCAACAUGA